GCAAAAACCCGCCCACCGCAUCAAACAACCAAGACCAACCAACCCACCAACAACCGCUGCCUACCUCCUCACUUGUAAACAUCUUCCCCCACCCCCCACCACAGCGCAGCGCAGCGCAGCAAAGACGGUCCAGCCAGCCACACCCGGCUCACGUCGUCCUUGGUGCUUUUGGAUCCACCCCUUAUCCUUUCUGUCGUUUUGGGUUCCUUGCUUCCUUUUUCAAUCAAAACAAAGACCAGCACAGCCAGCCAUGGCGGAGGAACUGCCAGACUUUGAGGCCUUGAAGAGGCAAACCAUGAUGCGCCUGACGGAAUUGUCUGUGAUGGACGAGGAGCAGCGCAUCGCCAUCUUCGAGAUGGUCAAGGACGGCUCAUUGACGGUCGAGGAGGCCGUGGCAGAAGUCAAGCGCACCCGUCCCAAGAUCUUCACCGGCCUCAAGUUCCUCGGCAGCUCGCCUGCGCUGCGGCCGAGGAAACAGGACGACGCCGCCAUAGCCUCAGUUGUCAGCAAGGCCCACGCCGCGCUGAAGAAGGCCAAGCCCACAAAGAUCAACCUCGUCGCCUCCACCCUGGGCAUCAAGCUGGAGACAGCCGCAGAGGAGGAGCUCAUCGAGAACAACGCCAUCCACACCAUCAUCCACGCCGCACCAGUGCCCGGCAGCAGCAAGCUGUUUGCUAUUGUCGUCCUGCAGUCGCGCAUGGGCCUCGUCUUCACGGACAUUGUCCAAGUGGCCAAGGCCAAGGAGGCCAAGGAGCUCGAGUCUGUCAUCAGGGACCGCCGCACCGCCGCGCGCAAGGCCGCCCUCGCCGCCACCUCCGCAUCCUCGCCCGCCUCCGGGUCAACCACCUCCGAGGGCGCAGCAGACGCAAGCAAGGACGAGUCGCGACGGCCAACACUGGCGGCGAGCCAGCCCGGAGCAGACGCGCAAGGCGGCGACGACGACAGCGACGAACUGCUCAUCUCCGCACACAUGCUGCACUACGUCGGCAGCGCGCCGGCGCCCAAGGACAAGGGCGAGGACGCCGUGCUGGCCGCGGUGGAGGCGCUGAGGGAGCAGGUGAAGGAGAAGCGGGGCCCAAAGGCAAAGGAGGUCACCGUGCAGGACGCAACGCCAGCCAUGCUGGUCAUCUCAACAGAGGGCCUGAAGAUUGUCGACCUCGCAAGCAAGGAGGUGGUGAGCACGUCCUUUAUCAAGGCCAUCUCCCACCAGCAGGUGUUUGGCGGGAAGAAGGCCGAGUUCUUCUGCUUCAUCGAGGUGGACGACAGGCGCAGCGCCAUCGACUGCCACGUGUUUCUGUGCGACCGCGGUGUCAAGAAGCAGGCCGACACCAUCUACAACGACGUCAUCAUCGCCGUGCAGGAGGCGAGGAAGCGGCUCGGCAACCCCUUCCGUCCCGCUGCGUCGUCCCGCAACCAGCAGGUGGGCGGGGCCGCCCCCAUCUUGGCGCCCUUGCAGGUUCCACGCCGCCAGCUGCGGCCCAUCAAGGCCAUUGGUGCAGGCCAGUUUGGCAAGGUGUACCUCGCCGCAUACGGGGACGAGGAUGACGAGGAGGUGGCGACCACCACGGCGACCAGCGACCCGGCAGCCGCCGGCGUGGACCUGCGGGCCGUCAAGCUGCUGCGAAAGUCGGCGUCCAGUGAGGACAAGGUCGAGUUUCUGCGAGAGGCGGAGACGAUGGUGCGACUUGGGCCGCACGAGAACCUGGUGCGGCUGAUGGGGGUGGUGGUUGGCCGCCUGCCGCUGCUGGUUGUGCUGGAGUACUGCCAGUACGGCGACCUCUCCGAUGUGCUCAAGGCGUGCCGCAAGAAGGGCAUGCAGCUGCGCUUUGCGGAGCAGCUGCACCUCAUCAAGCAGCUUGCGUCGGGGAUGCAGUACAUUGCGUCGCGCGGAUUUGUGCACAUGGACCUGGCCGCGCGAAACUGCUUGUUGCACCGCAACAGCGUGCUCAAGGUGGCUGAUUUCGGGCUGACGCACAAGCACGACGAAGGCAAGACGUACUACAAGCAGCGCGGCGUGCUCAAGCUCUCCGUGCGCUGGCUGGCCAUUGACGCCUUUGACCACAAAAUCUUCUCGGAGAAGAGCGACGUGUGGUCGUAUGGCGUGACCGUGUGGGAGGUGUUCACCUACUCCAAGCAGCCCUACACGGGCAACAAGCUGCAAGAGGUGCUGAAGAUGGUGCGUGGUGGCCACCGCCUGAGCCGCCCGUCGCGCUGCCCAGAGGAUCUCUGGCGCAUCAUCGCCUCGUGCUGGGACCGCGACCCGCGCCGCCGGCCCACCUUCCGCAAGCUGCUGCGCGGGCUGGAGCAGGUGGCGAGCGCACACGCGAGCGACGACGCGCUGCAGGAGGUGCGGGAUGUGGGCGGGCUGCUCAACCAGAACCUUACGGAGCAGAUCAAGGUCCUCACCCUCAAGAAGAAGAAGAAAUCGUCAGUUGCUGAUCCUAAGUCUGCGCUGAUGAAAGGCCUCACGGGAGUGGUCGACGAAGAGUGAAGAGGAUAACUUGUUCUCCACGCGAAAGCACAGCCGCCCUUCCGCCCACAGCAGCGGUGGUGGUGGUGUGAUGCAACGACGAUGCUGGUGGUGGGGAGAGCCAGAGAAUAGGCGAAUGAUGGUGGCGGCGGCGGGUGAAAUGGGAGCAUGACAUGUGAGGUUCGAUGUGAAUGAGAUGGCACGUGCGACAGCGAGCGAGUUGAGAGUGUUGCGCAUGGUGAGUGAGCGUGAGAAGCACACAAACAAAGGAGCAAAAAAAAAAAAAAAAACAUCAGCAUCGUCAUUGCAUGAUCAUUGGUUGUCACGCGCAUGUUCACUAGCGGAUGAAUUCGUUUCUUUGUGGUUACACAUUACCUGUCGUGCCUUGAAUCUGCCCUUCAUACACAUCCUGUUCGUUUUCAAUACACGUCAUAACAACC